GUCCCUGGGAGCUCUGACUGGGGCAUUAUCUAAAACCUUUUUUUCACUCCUGCCACUCUGAAGGGAAUAUUCAGGGCUGCCAGCAAUAACUGCAGAUCAGAGCUAUUCUGCCAUGUCACAGGAAACUUAUGACCUUGUCUCUGCUGCUGCAGUUCUCUGUGCCUGAACGUGUGCCUGAGCUGCCACACUGGGUAACCAGAGCUCACUGCACCUGCAUGGCCUCUUGGGACAUGACCAGGUCCAUCCAAAGGACCCAAAAGGUCCAUCCAGCCUCAUAUCCCACCCUCAGCAGUGACCAUUAGCAGUCACCCACAGGAAAGAACAGGAUGAGUUUGCCUCGGGAGUGGCUGUUAUUCACACACAUCUGAAAGAGACAAAGUACAGGCACCACCAGUGAGUGUGAUGAACCCUUCCCUCACCUGGAAUGGACACAAUGGAUAUAAAGCAGCACAAGCAUCUGGCUUGAAGUUCUGAAGUUGAGACACCUGCCCAUGCCACUGCUGGUUAUCUGCCACUAUGGAGAAGAAUUUGUCUCUAUCUUCAUAAUUGAUUUUCAAAUAGCUGUAGAAUUCAAACUGAUCUCUCCUUGGCCUGCUGCAUCUGCCAGAGCAAGACUGGCCCUCUCAGCCUCUCGUUGUAAGAUGUUUGCAGGCAGCCAAUAAAAGGAGAGAUCAACAAGCAAGCUGACUCACCGGCAGGAAAUCUCGAGCUGUGUUUGAAUGCGGUUCAAAGCGACUCACACUUGGGAUCAGCAGUUUCACUCCAUUCAUUCCACCCAUUCCAUCGUUUUAUGUUUGAAUUUCCAGAGCCAUCAAGAAAUGGCCAGUCCAUUACCGAUGGUAACCCAGGAAGAUUUGGAAAGCUUUACUUUGACCAGAACAGGCUCAGGCUUUGCACUCAAAGCCUUUCAUAUUUCCUGGAAUACUUCCAUCUCUGUGAAGCUGCUGACCAGCCAGGACACUACAGACAGGGAGUGGAAGUUGCUACUUCAGGACAUAGCAAGUGUCAGACACUAUGAGUCUGAACAUCUCCUGCCUUUCCUUGGAAUUUACCAGUACCAUGGACUUGUGGGGACAGUGACUGAAUGGAUGAACAAUGGAUCCCUCCACUCCCUCAUCCAUGAGCAUCAACUGUACCCAGAACUUCCCUUUCCCUUACUCAUAAGGAUCCUGUUGGAUGUGGCUGAAGGGCUGCACCAACUUCACAGCCUUGGACCUGCUCUCUGCCACUGCAGCUUGAAACCUUCCAAUGUGCUUUUGGAUGUGCAGUACAGAGCCAAGAUAUCAGAUUAUGGCCUAACCAACUGGAGGAAACAGCAACUGAGGUCAGACCUGCAGAACUGCCAUCACAGAAACUGCCAGGAUUUAGUGUAUCUUCCUCCUGAAAUACUUGAAGGAGGCCUCCCUUCCCAGGAAGGUGAUAUUUACAGUUUUGGAAUCCUGUGUUGGGAGAGUCUCAGCAGACAGAAACCUUUUGGAGGUCAAACAACCCUGCUUGAUGUUUUGAGAGGAAUCUGCAGCAGUUUGCGGCCAGGCAUUUCAGAAAAGUUCAUACCAAGUAAUUUGCCUGAGAGGAAUAGAUUGUUGCACCUCAUUGUUCUGUGCUGGCAUCAAAAAUCAGAUUAUAGACCACACACUGCAGAAUGUGUACACCUUCUAAAUGGAGUUUUGACUAGUAUAAAUAAGGAGGAAAUUUCUGCAGCAAUCUACAAUUUGAUGGAUGCAAAGGAGAGAGCGCUUAAUGCAUGCAAAGGCUCAGAGACCUACACACUGCAGAGAGGCACGUGCAAUUCAGAGAUCAUCUGUCCACAAAAAGACAACCACUUAAUCAGGAAGAAAAUUCCUCUUGUAGUGCCAAGCUUGUCAACUGUUCUACUUGAUAGCACUGCAAAUACAGCAGGAAGAGAUAAUAUUGAGAUGGGUGUGUCAAAUACUACCUCACAGAAUGCAACAACAACAAAAGAUCACCCAGGCUCUGAGAGAAGAAAAUCAAGCUCCUUUUGCACAGGUCCUUCAUCUGGUUCAACUGCAGGCAAAGAGAGCAGCCAGAAUAACACCCCACCACUGGCUCUUAAGCACAGACCACAACCAAUGUGCCUUGGACAAGCAGUGCCAGGUCCUUGCAGGAAAGGAAACUGCUGUCAAAUCCUUGCCUGCCAGAGACAGACCAUACUGAACUGCAUGACAGAAGGACGCCUCAACCACAUCCUCGAUGUGCUUCGCUCCCAGCAAAGCCUGUCCCGGAUGGACUAUGAGACCAUCACCUCGUACCCCACAGUGACCGGCCGUGCUCGGGCACUGCUGGACACUUGCCUUUGCCUGGGGGAGAGGGCAGCACAGGCUGUAGUGACUGCACUUUCAGUGAACAAAUGUAGUCCUCUGGGACAAGUUAUUCAUCACCCAGACUGUCCUUUAAGGUAAACAGGCUGUUGUGACUGACUUUUUCACAGCCUGUUGUAUGGAUCUGAGCUCUAGUAAUUUGUGAUUGCAAAGAUUCAUGUUAGUGUCUCACAACCCAUUGACUAAAGGCAUUUGCCUUCCUACAGCCCAUUAUUUGAGUACUGUAGUGGAAAAAGCUAACUGGAUUAAAAGGUCAAGUCAACUGCUGCCAACAGAAAUUGCCAAGACUGGUAUAAUAAAUUCUAAUUUGGACCUCAGAGAUGGGAGAAGUGCAAUAUCUGCCACAGCAAACAGAGUUCAAUUGAGAUGACAUCCUAUUUCAUUGAUUUUUUUUUUUAGAAGGGAGGAAAAUGAAUCAUGACUUUUUGGAGGUCACAGUACGAAAGAAUGGCUGUUUAUAAAUACUUCCAAGUAAGGAUAAUGAACAACAGAAUACUGAAUGAGGAAAAAAAAAUUACUGCCUUUCACUGUGCUCAUAUCUGAGCCAGAUGUUAGAGUGAAAGGCUUCAGAGAAUCAAGAAAUAUUUCUUCAGUAGAGCGUUAAGUAAGACUUGGAAGUUUUAUGUUAUGCAUAUAAAUUACUUCAUUUUCAUCACAAAUGGUCAUGUAAUAUAGCAGUACUUAGAUCAGGACUUUGAAGAUGUGGGAUUUGGAGUGCACAUUAAAUGGAAAAAUGUUAGUACUUUACAUCCAUGUAUCUCUCUGAAUAUGUCUGCAGUUCAAAUGUAAAAUUAAACUAGACAGAAGAGGUUCCAAACUGAUAAUUUUGAAAUAGCGAUUCUGCUGAACUGUUGUCAUGGUUGUACUCUAAUGGGAGACAGCCUGGGAAUAGUGGGAGGUUUUCUUGCUCUGUCCUGGACUGAGCCACGGUCACAGAUGCUUUGGAGUGUCCUGCUGCUGCUUGAACUCAUCUUUAGGUCAGGGACCCUUUGACUUGAGUUCACAUGGAGUUCCAGUCUGUUCAGUACAGCAGCACAGAAACAUUGCUGUUAUCAGAAUGUUCCCAGGCACAGUCAAAUAAGAUAAGUAGUACAGCAAGCAGUGAAAGCAACAAACCAGCCACCAACAAGCACCAGACACCUGUGUACAGAAGCCAAACAAGCCCCAUGGUAAGCACAGGAGUCUGUCAACAGAUAAACAGCAACAGCUGCUAUAAAUGUGAUCCUGCACAUUCCAGCCAAAUCUGUUCUUACCUUGAACCCUUCAAGCCUGGAUGCUGAAAAGAACAUUUGUGGUUCAACCCCAAUGGACUACGCUCUACUACGGUAAAGUGAGAAAACUUCUUGGUUGAGAUCCAGACAAUUUAACAGGUAAAGCAAAAGCUGCACACAAGCAAAGGAAAACAUGGAAUUCAUUUAGCCCUUGCCAGGGGCAGGCAGGUGUUCAGCCAUCUCCAGGAAAACAGGGCUCCAUCCCACGUAAUGGUUAUUUAAGAAGACAAAUGUCAUCACUCCAAAUGUCCCCUCCUUCCUCCUUCUUCCCUAGCUGAGCUUGAUGCCACAUGGUCUGGAGUAUCCCUUUGGCCAGCUGUGAUCAGCUGUCCCAGCUUGUCCUUCCCCAGCUCCCUGUGCAUCCCCAGCCUCCUCCCUGGUGGGGUGAGGGGCAGAAAGGCCUUGGCUCUGUGUGAGCUCUGCACAGCAAUAACAAAACAUCCCUGAAUUGUCAAUUUUGACAAUUGCUGUUUUCAGUACAAAUUCAAAAUACAGCCCCAUACUGGCUCCUAUGGAGAAAAUAAACUCUACUCCAGCCAAAACCAGCAUUAUUUGAAAGGGAAAUAAUAAGAUUGCUUUCUUUAUAAUGAAAAUAAUGAUAUAAGGUGCUAGAUUUUUAGAGGCCCAGUGGGGUUUCUUCAAGCUUCAUGGCAUCAGAUUAACAUGAGAACUUGUUACACCAUCUACAGGUAUUUCAAUUGCAAAACCAUGUUAUUUGUUUCCCUAUGUUGCUUUUGUUCUCUCUGCAGUUUCAAAGUUCUCACUGAAUUCAGUCAUUUGGCUGAUUGCAAAUGUAGUAAUGAUGUGUUGUCUAGGCACACUUAAGAAAUAAGAAAUGUGUUACAUCAAAAUUUCCAGCUACGAUUCUGCUGGAACCAUAAACAUUUUUUUUAAUGUAACUUCAUUGAACUUUGAGACUGCCUUGAAUUAAAAACUUGUUGCAAUUAAAAGCAAUGUCUAUCAGAAUAUGUUGACAAUAGUUUUGCUUAUUAAAGGAGCUAAAUACCUGUUUCA